AUGGCUCGCACCAUCGGGAUCGCCGCCGCUCGGCCGGUCGCGAUGCCGAGUUGCCGCUUCGUGUCCCUCGUGGCUUCCGCCGCGGCGCUUCUGCUCCUUGCAAACGACGCCCUGCCGACGCUCGCGGAUUCGACUCAGAUGGCGGCUGCGAGCCGUCGGGUCCUGAAAGCCGCCGCGCCCGUUGCAGGACCCGCGCCCGGAGCAGGGACCGGGGCACCUGCAGUCGGCGCGCCACUGCCGCCGCCGUUCGAUCAGUACUACGAGGACGACUACAUGCGUCACAAAAAAUGGGACGCACAAAAGCUGUCAACAAUUGGCCCCCGGCGCCUAUCCUGCGGCCCCGUUGCCUACCCCUGCGGCCCCGGCGCCACCCUUCCCGGCCCCGGCACCGCCCUUCCCGGCCCCGGCACCGCCCUUUCCGGCCCCGGCGCCGCCUCUACUGGCCCCGUCGCCUACCCCUGCGGCUCCGGCACCACCCUUCCCGGCCCCGACGCCGCCCUUCCCAGCCCCGGCGCGGCCUCUGCUGACCCUGUCGCCUACCCUGCGGCCCCGGCGCUACCCUUCCCUGCCAUGGCGUUGCCUCUACCGGCCCCGCCGCCGUUCCUACACGGCCCCGCCGUCACCAUUGAGCCACCUGAGCCGCCCGAGCCGCCGCGCCACCUGAGCCGCCCGAGCCGCCGUACCGCCGAGCCGCCGUACCGCCGAGCCGCCGAGCUGCCAGCGCCGCCGAGUCGCCGAGCCGCAGUUGCUGCCGAGCCGCCGAGCCGCCCGAGCCGCCCGAGCCGUCAAGCCGCCGAGCCGCCGAGCCGCCGAACCACCGAGCCACCCAAGCCGCCCUGUCCGGCCAUUGACUUUGACGUCUGGGUAGAUGACCUGCAGCUUUUCCUACAGUGUGAUAGGGCAGACGGUCUCUCCCUCUUUGACCUCACUUUUGGUGCCUCUCCUGCCCCUGCUGCUGAUGCUGACGCCACUGUUUGCUCACAGUGGGCCACACGCGAUGCUGCUGCACGUCUUGCUCUGUGUCGCCACCUGCCUACCUCUGAGCGUGCGCACUUUCCCUUCGCGUAG